GCAGCUGUGUCGUCUGCUAGAUCUCGUCCCGUCCACCAGGUCCAGGUCAAAUCGCAUCGGAGAUUCAUGUUUCUCUUCACGGGUGCUUUUUCGGGACAGAAUCUCGUUCCCGAAUAUGCCCGUGUGUACCAAGCCACAUAGUUGUCCAUCGUGUCACAAGAGAUUUGCUGCUAAAGACCGUCUUGAAAACCACCUGAGGGCCCAUGGCUCGGAAGAGUUCAAGCCAAAACAAUGCAACAUUUGUUCCAAACGAUUUCUCAACAAUUCAGCUCUGGGAAGUCACCUGAGAACUCACAACGGUCAGGGCUCCCUGUGGGAAUGUUCCAUUUGCAAAGAGACCCACUGCAAUCGUGAUGGGUUGAAAAGACAUGUUGCUAGUCACUCAGAUAAUGGCUCCUUUUCGUGCCCUUUUUGUCGCAAGGUAUACUCUGGAUACAUGAGCAUCAGGAAGCACAUCACAAAGAUUCACAAAAGUGCUGGUGUUCAGUGUUCUCUUUGCGAUCGCUUUUGCUCCAGUGCACAGAAGUAUGAAGAACAUAUGUUGAGGCACUCUGAUGAAAAGCAAUAUACUUGUGAGAGAUGUGAGAAAAAAUUCAAACGCAGUGACAAGUUGAAGGAACAUAUAAGACGAUUACAUAGCUGGGAAAUUCAGAAUCCAAAUGAUACAUCCGAAACUGAAGAUGAUAAGAAAAAUAAUAGGAAGAAGUCCACAGAAAAGACUAUUGAAAGGAAACUUCGUGAUCUGAAUGAACAAUACCUAUUCAAAUGCAAGCCGUGCCUCCUGGGUUUCAAACGACGAGGGAUGUUGGUCAACCAUAUUGCCAAGUAUCAUCCUAAUAUUGCUCCUGAUGAGGUGCCUGAACUCAAUUUGCCUAUCAUGAAAACCACCAGAGAUUUUUACUGUCAUCUGUGUGAAAAGGUGUACAAAAGCAAUGCCAAGAGAAAGGCUCACAUCAUGAAGUUUCAUCCUGGGGCUGUCAAGACAGGGAAUGGUUCUUUUGAUCAACUUGCUGGAACUGUUGCGAAGAAAGCAGAACAUUGCCCUUGGUGCCACAAGCAGUACGCUACCAAUGCAAAGUUGUUGCAGCAUGUCCGUAGCCAACACGCUGAUAAAUCCUACAAGGAGCUUCGCAAAAGGGGCAAGACACGAGCAGAAAAACUUCACAAUGCUUCUGCAGAAUUUAAAGAGAAUAGAAUUUCAAGAAUUAAUGCAUCAAACGCCAUUGAUUCGAGCUCUGAGGGAUUAAGUAUUGAUUCAUAUGAAUCUGACAUGUUUGAUGGGAAAACAACAAAAAUUGAAUCAUGCAGUUCUGAGAAUUCUCUCACUGAAUCUGAUGUUGGGAUUCAGCUUGAAUCAUUUUUGACUGGAGAGAAAGAUGAUUGUAAAUUGGUAAAAAAUGAAUCGAGCAUUUCUGAGAGCACUGAAGUGUUAAGUAUUGAUUCAUGUGCAUCUAAAAUAUUUGGUUGCAAAUCAUCAAAAAUUGAACUGUUCAUUUCUGAGACCUCUGUGGAGUCAGAAGGAUCAAGCAUAGAUUCAUGUGAAUCAAAUAUUUUUGAUGGUAAAGCAACAAAAACAAAGUCUGGCGUCUCUGAGAACUCUCUUGUUGAAUCUGAAGUAGGAAUGCAGCUUGAAUCCUUUUUGACAGAAGAAGAUGAUGAUCUUACAUUGGCUGUAUGCCUAAUGAUGUCUCACGCAAACAUGUCACCUGUUGAGGGAGCGGAUGAAAUUCUGGCGGAGUCCUCUGAAAUUUCUUCUCCAAAGGCCAACUUAUUGUGUGAAGAAUUGAAUGACACAUCCAUUGAGGAUAUGACCACUCUUGGAGAGGCAUCAUUGACUACAGAAGAUGAUGAUCUCUUCAUGGCUGAGUGGUUAGUGGAUGUUCAGGCUGGUCCACCUUUUUGCCAAACAGCUGUGCCUGUUAUUCAGACAGAAAAAGAGUUUGAGGUUGGCCAAUCGAUGCUGGAUAUCUCUGAGAUACCAGUGUGUGACCUUGACACCUGCUCUGAAUCUGAUUACCAGCUUUAUGAUUUGAAUGCGUCAUCUGGUGGCACACAACUUCCUCCACCUCAAGUUGUGUAUUCGCCUUACCCACCUCAUUGAGGUGGCACUAGCAUCAAGCUGGAAUUAAAUUUGUUGUUCUCUAUCAUACCUUGACAGGUUGAUAUGAGAUUUGGUAAUUUGCUCUGUCCUGCCUUUGAUGGGAUGUAUGUUGCAUGGGUUGGAACCUGGCGACACAGGGCAUUUUGGCCAAUUUGUUUGGAGUGUUAAGAGAUUUGUUGUUUUGUGCAGUGAGAGCAAAACAGGGUGUCAUACCAGUUUUGCGUCCAUUGUUUUUUGCUUCAUUAAGCAUUGAUUGAAUGCAGUUUGUUGAUUGUAAAUGAAAUAUUAGGAUUUCUAUGGUGUUGAAUUUUUCAGUUAAGGGUUGAGGAAAUUUCUUCUCCCUUUAACUGUAAUUUAAAAUUCUAUGUUGGUCCAAUGUAUGUGAUGAGUAUUCUCAACAGUGGGUUUUGUGAUGUUUUAUGCCAUGUGGAUUUGAUUGAUAUUUAUCAUUUAAUUGGCACAAUUUUGAGUCAGUUGGUGAGAAUUGUUUUCUGGACAAACCUGUCCGUAGUGAAUUGAAUCUUAUCAGUAUUCGUUUUAGAUGAGAGCCAUUGUUGGGUGCUUAAUGCUUCCUCCAGCUCUGAAGCAAUUUAAUUUAGAUUUGAUGAGUAAGUUUUAAGUGAUCUACCACAAUAAUACAUUUUAGCUGCAGUAAUUUCAUUAAAAAAAAAUGUUAUUAGUUUUCAGUGUGAAUUACACAGCAAAUUUUGUCUAUUUCCAAACUUAUUUUUCUCAUAAAGAAUAUUUUAGUGUUUGUGCAAUGUAUUGAAACUAACAAUUGAAUAUGUAAUAUGAAAGUAUUCACUAAUUUAUAUAAAAUUUGUUUGCAUGCCGGCGUGCGUAUAAUUACGUUAACACUUGUUUGUGUAUAUGGAGCUUUUUAUGUGCAAAAUAAUACAAGGAGUGUGAGCAUUGUAUCUUAACAGACACAAUGUAUCCUUAGAAUUGUUAAAUUUUUCUGCAAUUUGAAUGUUUGAACCUUGAUUAUGUCUUUAGUGUACUAAUUCUUUAAACCAUUGUGCCAAGUGUUACCCUGUCUUCAUCUAUGAGAAGAAAUUCUAACUGAUAGGUGGAACAGUUUUGUUCUAUCUUAGCUUAUUACCCCUAAGUAAAGUUUGAAACAUAAAGAAGUUAUAGUUUUUGUUACAGUAGUGAGUAAAGGAGGCUGGAUCUCCUGUAAAGAUAUAUAUGUGAUGUUACUUCCUAAUUAGUGAUUGCUUACCUUACUGUGCACUUUGCUGGUCUUAAUUGGUGAAAGAAUCUUCUUGAUAAUGUGUGUUAUUAAUUUAAGUGACUAGUGUGCAUGCAUUCGUUUCUGUGCACAUUUUUAACUGUUCCAAAACUAAGGAAGCUAAGCUGCACAUUUCUGUAGAGUACAUUAAAAUAUGAAUCUUAUUUCUUUGCAAUCACUGCAUUGAUUGUGUCGUACAGGUAAUUGAUGUUUCAUGCACUCUGUGGGUGCAUUUUUUAAAAAUAUUUAGUAGAGAAGUCGUAGAGUUCUUGCAUACUUCUAGAUUGUGGAAAUUAUUCAUUCACCUCUAGCUAGUUUGGUCUGAUUUAAGGAUGUUCCUUGUGACAUUGUUUUGGCAACAUUGUUGAUAUACAUCAUUGUGGGUAGGAAUUGAACUUAAUUUAAGAGAAAUGGUAUUGGCAGGUAGAAAUUUCGAUCUGUUAGGUGGUUCUUGAACUAGUCUUAGCAUUAGUAUGUUGUUCGUCUACCAUGCUCUGAAUAAGAGCGUUAAGUCACCCUUCUGUGUUCAAGUUGUAUUUUAAAAUACCUGGUCUGCAGGUAUCUCUUUGUGUCUUAGUAGCAGUUCUCUGUUGCUUCUGCUGAUAUUGUCUUGGCAAAGUGGUGCAUCAUAUGAAUAAAGCUUAUGUAGUGUGUUAA